ACCUGACAGAGGUUGUCACAUACCUCAUCCCACCUUACUUUUCUAUACGAGUUAAAUUUGGAGGACGAAAGAAAAAGAACUGAUUUAUUUGCAAAAGAGAAAGAGACAUUGAUCUACUUUACCGCUUUUUAAGUUCGAACUUCCUGACGUAAGGCAGACCACAGCUUUGUCCAGGCAAGCUUAAUGCUGAUGUGUAGGGCAAACCGAUAAUGUUGGGCGCUUUUGGCUAAUUUAUUGCUACAUAGUUCAUUGCCUAGAGUAUCUAUGUUUUUUCAAGUGUAUCUAUUUAUUUACUUGAUAUGAGCAUCUAGAUCUGAACUCGGAUUUUUUUUAGGUUUGCAAAGAAGUGGGAUAUUUUGAGUCGAGGCAGAAGAGAGAAUUUGAAGCCCUAUUUCUUUCUCGUCUUGUAGUCAGACGGGAAUUUGCGGGAAUUUAUCUGGACGCUUAGUAGCAGAAUUCCAGAUCAAGUUCAUUUUGUGAAAGAAUGAGCAGUGGCGAGCUUCUCACGGUUCAGCCCACUGAGCUUAAGUUCCCAUUUGAACUCAAGAAACAGAGCUCAUGUUCUCUUCAACUGUUCAACAACUCAGAUCACUAUGUGGCCUUCAAGGUCAAAACUACUUCUCCAAAGAAGUAUUGUGUGCGACCUAACACUGGCAUUGUAUUACCAAAAUCUUCUUGUGAUGUUACUGUCACCAUGCAAGCACAGCGGGAAGCACCUCUUGAUCUUCAAUGCAAAGACAAGUUCCUUGUACAGAGUGUUAUAACACCUUAUGGGGCAGAGAUGAAGGAUAUUUCUCAGGAUAUGUUCAACAAGGACAAUGAGAAUGUUGUUGAGGAGUACAAAUUAAGAGUGGUGUACGUUCCUCCACCUCAGCCUCCUUCUCCAGUACCUGAAGAAUCAGAAGAGGGUACAUCUCCUAGGUCUUCGUUACUGCAGAAUGGAAAACAAAAUAUUGGCUUGUUUGAAUCGGGACAUAGAGAUGUUGGAGAAUUGAAGGCAAAACUCACUGAGGCACGUGUGAUGCUUUCCAAAAUAACAGAAGAAAGGAAUACCAUUGUUCAGCAAGCUCAACAACUGCAGCAAGAAUUGACAUCGGUGAAGCAGGCAACUAAAAACACCAAAGCUGGAUUUUCAGUUUUAUAUUGUUUCAUUGUUGGUCUUCUAGGUAUUCUUGUAGGGUACCUGGUCCGCAAAUAGAUGCAGUACAAGUUGCACCUCUGUUACAAAUUAUCAUUAUUGGAUAUGCAAGAGAUGUGAUUGAUACAAAUUGUGAAAAUGCAAGACAGAAUGGAAACUUUGAUUUUGUUAUUUGCUGCUGAAGUAAUAGGCCGACUUUCUUAAGGACACUUGUUUAUUUCAAUCAUGCCUAGAAAUGUUUGGGCAGUGUUCAAGUCACAUCACGAUCAGGAAAACACGCAAUAUUUUUUUUGGCAGUGUUUGGCAUGCUGAGGAUGGAUUGUUCUUUGUAAUGAAGUAUAGUGACAGGCAUGUGCUCAUCAAGCUGCCCUGUGCAUUCUUUUACUGGAUUCAUUACUCUGUUGUCCAUCAACAGGUUGAUGGGACUCGCAUUAUGAUUGUUCUUGUACAACGUUACCUUGGGUUUUCCUGCUUAAUUUAAUGGGAUGUAAUUUACAAACCUGCCGGUUUCAAUCAGUACUUGGUGAUUCUAAAAUUACAAGAUUUGCUUUAGUUUUUGAUU